AUGGCUAUUGAGAUUGAUGAACCUUGUGUGGUGGGGUUAUCAAAAGUUGCAGUCUCAGACACUCAUGGAGAAGACUCACCAUAUUUUGCAGGCUGGAAAGCCUAUGAUGAAGACCCUUAUGAUGAGAUACAAAACGCAUCUGGAGUGAUUCAGAUGGGUUUAGCUGAGAAUCAAGUUUCAUUUGAUUUGUUGGAAGAAUACUUGGACAAAAACGCAGAAGAAACAACCAGAAAGGGGAUUUCUGGGUUUAGGGAGAAUGCGUUGUUUCAAGAUUAUCAUGGACUUCUCUCUUUCAGGAAAGCAAUGGCAAGUUUCAUGGAACAGAUUAGAGGUGGAAGGGCGAGGUUUGAUCCCGAAAGAGUUGUCAUCACCGCUGGCGCCACCGCCGCUAAUGAGCUCUUAACCUUCAUUUUAGCUGACCCUGGGGAUGCUUUGCUUGUACCUACCCCUUACUAUCCAGGGUUUGACAGGGAUUUGAGGUGGAGGACAGGUGUGAAAAUUGUUCCAGUUCAUUGCGACAGCUCAAACAACUUCCAGAUAACAAAAACAGCCUUAGAAGCCGCGUACGAUGAAGCCGAAUCCAACGGCAUCAAGGUCCGAGGAAUUCUAAUAACAAACCCUUCAAACCCUCUAGGCGCAACAAUCCAAAGAUCCAUCCUAGAACAAGUCCUAGAUUUCGCGACCGCCAAGAACAUCCACCUCGUCUCCGACGAAAUCUACUCAGGCUCCGCCUUCUCCUCCUCGGAGUUCAUCAGCAUCGCAGAAAUCCUCGAGGCCAGAAGCUACAGAGACUCAGAGAGAGUCCACAUUGUCUAUAGCCUUUCCAAAGACCUAGGCCUCCCCGGUUUCCGAGUGGGCACAAUUUAUUCCUACAACGACAAAGUCGUUAAAACCGCCCGGAGAAUGUCCAGUUUUACCUUAAUCUCCUCGCAAACGCAGCAGCUCUUGGCUACGAUGUUGUCGGACAAAAUGUUCACUGAGAAUUACAUAAAGACUAACCGGGAGAGGCUGAGGAAGAGAUAUGAGAUGAUCGUUGAAGGGUUAAAGAGCGCUGGGAUCGCGUGCUUGAAAGGGAAUGCAGGGCUGUUUUGCUGGAUGAAUAUGAGCCCUUUGUUGGAUGAACCUACGAGGGAAUGUGAACUGAAGGUUUGGAAAGAAAUCUUGCGUGAAGUGAAGCUUAAUAUUUCUCCAGGGUCUUCCUGCCAUUGCACUGAAGCUGGGUGGUUUAGGGUUUGCUUUGCUAAUAUGAGUGAACAGACACUGGAGAUUGCACUGAAGAGAAUACAUGAUUUCAUGGAAAGAAGAAGAAGAACACACAAUGAGUAA